AUGGUUGAGAGCUUUGACGGUCAGAGUGCAGCAUGCACCAGCAACGACUGCAAGGUCCUGGCGCAGUGGCUAAGGGUGAAAGUAGACCAUAACGUCGACCCCUGCGAUGACUUCUACCACUUCGUGUGCGACGAUUACAAGGACGCAAAUGCUCUACAGAAAAUAACAUGGGAGGUCACGCGUAUUGGCUUAUCGGCCGCUCGCGCAAGCACCGUCCCGGCCACAGGACAGACCGCCUGGCAGAAAGCAACGGCACUCUUCAAGGCCUGCUUGUCCAUGGUCGAUACCAAGCGUGUUGAGACCACAGACCUCACAGCGUGGAUGAUUUCUCUAGGCCUGGAUUUGAAUAAUUUGACAUCUUCUGACCGGUUUGAAGUUGUGGACAUGAUCGUGCGCUUAUCGCUCGACUUCGGCAUCCCUGUGAUCCUUGCCUUCGCUUUUGAUAGCGAGGCAUUGCUCAACAACAAGCGCUUGAUGUUCUUAUCGUUCCCCCAACCGGAUAUCGAUAGGCUUAACUUCGAAGAAGCGGCCUCGGAUAGAUCACAAGCGGAGCUCCGCGCCUUCUACGAGUCGAUGCUCCGAAUGUACGGCGUUCAUAGCAGCAGAAUCGAAGGUGUCGCCACCGAAUUAAAGGAAUACGAGAAUUAUUUUGGAGAAAUAGCUGCUACAUUGACCAGCACCAUGCAAGGAAUAACGGAUCCAGUUCGUAUUCGAGACAUGGGCGCAGCAACAGCACCGACCAUCACAGCUGAAAUGUGGGCCGGACCAAUUGCGAAGUACACGAAAAACAAGUACGGAGGCAAUGACUUCAUCUACCAGAAGAGCAUCCCGCUGGGGCUGGCGAAGGCACUUGAGUCCAAAGACAUAGGCCCGCACGGAAUGUGGUGCUGUAUGGCCUGGAGCCUGUUCUGCCAGCUCGUACAAUUCACGCAUCCCGAUUUAUUAGUGAAGCACCGAAAUCCUGAACACGUUUGCUAUGAUCAGACCAGAAGUCUUAUGGGGUACGCUAUCACAAGCCGGUUCUUCCUUUCAGUGGUCAGCAAGGAGACGCUCAUGGAGGCCGACGAAAUGGCUUCCAACAUUCGCAAGGCCUAUGAAGCAGCAUUCCGAUCGUCAAGCUGGAUGACGGGAUCGGUACGCGAAACCGCCCUGCGAAAAAUUACGAAUAUGCGGCAAGAUGUCGCUGCCGUGGGUGCGUUGCUUGACGGCGCCUACGUGGAGAAGUAUUACGCGAGCUUUCCUGACCUUCCCACUGAUCGGUUCUUCAAAGCGUGGCGUGAGGCCGCCGCAGCCGCCGUCCAUCAAGCUGCGGCCGACACAACGAUGCUGCUCAAUAAGGACACUGAGGUGAACGCGUAUUACGUGGCCAGGUAUAACAAGAUGGUCAUCCAGCCAUCGAUUCUGCUUCCCCACUUCAUUUUUACGGACGGUCCUGCUGCCUACAACUACGGUAGCCUCGGCAGGAUGUUGGGUCACGAGAUGAUGCAUGGCUACGACGUCAAGGGAUCACAGUAUGACGAGAACACCAAGCAGAGGCGUUGGUUUUCGCCUGAAUCAAGCAAACACUACCUGAAUAUCACGCUCUGCUUGCGACACCUUCACAUGAAUGUCCUGCGGCAAAGGCAAGAAGUCCUAAACGAGACGCUAGACUCUGAAAACCUCGCCGAUUUAGGGGGAACAACGAUGGCAUACUCCGCGUUUAGGUCGCUGCCACCCUCGAAGAGAGACACCACGCUGCCUGGCGUCACCAUGACUGCGAACCAGCUAUUCUUCGUCGGUCAUUGCACCACGUGGUGUGAGAAACAAACAAGGGAACCGGCACCCUGGCUCUCUGGCCGCGAUCGCUACCCACCUGGCCGCUCUCGGUGUAUCGUGCCACUCAUGAACAUGCCCGAGUUCUCGGAUGCAUACCACUGCACGCGGGGUUCGUACAUGAACCCGUCCAACAAGUGCAAGUUCUGGACCUGAAAUUGUGACAGCCCAAGCGUUCUUUGUGUCAUUUCCUAUCUGUGGUUGCAUGUAAAUUCUAGGUUCUGUCGGCAGCAGAACAGAUAAGCUUUCCAUCCCAGCUUUCGUGCGCCUAUGCACAUACACUUGCCUGCGUGGGUUUCUCGCAACGCAGCUGCUCCAAAAAUGGAAUAGC